AUGUCAUUUGCCAACAGCGAGAGCAACCAGGAUGCGAGACCCCGAACCUUGAAAUCCACCCGGGCUGCGCUUAAUAAUGUUACCAAUACGUCGUUUUCCCAAGACGGCAAGCCGGGAUCAUCUAGCGCUAGAACUUUGGGGAAAGCGUUAAGAACCGCCAGAUCAAAAUUCCAAAAUGCAAAAGCAGCUGGAAGUCUAAUUCCACAAGCAAGAAGAGAGGUCACACAAUUUGACCAACCUGCUGACAGCUUAUCUACUUCAAUGAUAUCAAAAAUAGCAUCCUCGGAAAAUGCGGUUGAACUGGACAAAGAAAAUCUGGACCCUUAUGCAACGAAGUUGUCUAGCAUCGAAGAGGAACAGCAUUUUACUGGUCCAACUUCUAGUUCAAGUGAGGAGCUGAGAUAUUCUGAGCAUCAAACAAUCUUGAAAGAGGAAGAUUGUAUUCAGCAACGAGUGAGUUUAGAAGAAGAAGAACGGGCAGAAUCACAGCAAUUACAACAACAGCAACAAGAAACUAGGCAAGUCAUAGAAGCAAGGUCUGAUGUAAGUAAGAAGAGGCCUAUUUCCACGGUGGUUGAACAAGAAGAGCCCAAGAAAUUCAAAGUAUGCGAAAAGGGUACCGAGUAUGAAUGGGAAGACCUAGACGCCGAAGAUGUUAAUGAUCCCUUUAUGGUCAGCGAAUAUGUAAAUGACAUUUUCGAAUACUUGCAUAAAUUGGAAAUUAUGACACUGCCUAACAGACAUGACCUAUACAAGCAUAGCAACAUUCGUCAAAAUAGAGACAUUCUGGUGAACUGGAUGGUCAAAAUACACAACAAAUUCGGCUUACUGCCGGAAACUUUAUAUUUGGCAUUAAACAUCAUGGAUAGAUUCCUGUGUAAAGAACUGGUGCAACUUGAAAAACUGCAAUUGGUUGGUACAGCAUGUCUCUUCAUUGCAGCAAAAUACGAAGAAGUGUAUUCGCCCAGUGUCAAGCAUUUUGCCUAUGAGACUGACGGGGCAUGUGACGAAGAUGAAAUAAGAGAAGGUGAGAAAUUCAUCUUGAAAACACUCGAAUUCAAUUUAAAUUACCCAAAUCCCAUGAAUUUUUUGAGAAGAAUAUCGAAAGCAGAUGACUACGAUAUCCAAUCAAGAACGCUUGCCAAAUACCUCUUAGAAAUGUCGGUGGUCGAUUUCAGAUUUAUUGGUAUAUUACCUUCUCUGUGUGCAGCUGCAGCAAUGUUUCUGUCGAGGAAAAUGUUGGGUAAGGGUAAAUGGGACGGUAACCUUAUUCAUUAUAGUGGUGGUUACACCCGAGAAGAGUUGGCACCUGUUUGCAAUAUGAUAAUGGAUUAUCUCGUUCAACCAGUAGUCCAUGACGAAUUUUUCAAAAAAUAUGCAUCGAGAAAGUUUAUGAAAGCCUCAGUUAUCUCUCGGCAAUGGGCUAAGAAAGUGGUCGCACAUGGUUAUGAUAUUAUGACAUUGCAUGAAGUUUCCGAAUAA